AUGAGAGGGUGAAUAUUACUUAAUGAAAAUUAUUCAAAUUUAUUUAAUAGAUGUCAAGAUUUAAGAGUAGUGGGAGUCUGUAUCUUUUUAGGAUUAGUUGGAGUUGGUCUUUUAGGGUUAGGGUUACUAGUAGGUAAAACAAGCCGUGUUUCUGAGGGGAAAAAAGUGGCUUUUGAAUGCGGGUUUGAUAAAAUAAGAGGUGCACGUGUUCCUUUCUCUCUUCAAUUUUACCAUUUAGGUUUAUUGUUUUUAAUUUUUGAUUUAGAGUUAGUUUUAUUCAUACCAUUAGUAGUAGGAAUAAGAAUUUCUUUAAGAAGAGGUGAGGGAAUCAGAAUGUUGUUUUUUGGAGUGGGAUUCAUUUUUAUUCUUCUUUUAGGUUUAUCACAUGAGUAUCGUGAAGGGACUCUAAGGUGAAAAAAAUAG